CUCCACAGAUACCAUGGUGUCUGAAAUGGUUAACGAGCAGCGUAUGUCUGUCUUAUACGCGCAAUAUUCAGUCUACACAUCAUAAAUGGUGUCUGUGUUGGUCAGCUGAGAUACCUGAUUUUUAAAAAAUAUCUGUCCGUUAUAUAAUAUCAUAGUGCAGGAAUUACACAAAUAACAGAGCACUCAAAUAAACAUCUGAAUAAAAAUAAAUCGUAAUGACAAAAAUACUCAUGUAGAAAAAAUACGUUGCAAGUGACAUUGCAGAUUUAUUUUUGGUCAUUUAUAAAAAUGUUUGAAAGGGACAGACACGCAUGGUGAUGAUGGCCCGGUUAAGGCUGUCAUUCCAUUCAUAUAGCUUUCUUUGAAUUAAAGCCGGUCGGGGUAUUUUAGUGAUGCUGUCAGCACUGUGUCACAUGACAAUGCAACACUGGAAAUAGUGUGACCUGCAGUACUUAAAAUGGCCAUCAGGUGGCAGACCUGAAACUAGGAAUAGGACUGCACUGAAAAGAUGAGCGAUGUUACUAAUCUUUCUUUCUGGGCAUUUUAACCCCAAUUUAGUAGGGAGUACAAAAGACCUUAGUUUAAAAAAAAGGGAAAGAUUUAUGUCUUACAGGCAGUACUUCAUAAUCUGAUAUUGCACUUAAUUUUCAUUUUCAUGACAGUGCUGUACUGUAAGUGCUUUCAUUGCUGUUUAUGUUGUUUUAUGUCCCAAAUAUGGCAACAGAAAUUCCAACUUCUUAAAAAUACUUGGCUAAACUGCAUGUGAUUUUUGUUACUGAGACAUAGUGCAUGGUUUUCUUUUAACUUGACAAGAAGGAGGUAUCUUUAAGUUGUUAAUGUUUAUUUAGGUUACUUUAUGCUGUACUCGGGUCACUGAUGACCCGUCAGGAUUUUAGAUGUACGACUUCUCUCUUGUCUGUGGCCUUCUGGCUGUCUUUGCUGGUAUGGGGAACGAGGAGCCAAUGGCAGAAGUCAAAAACUGCUGCAGAAAUAAGACACUACCCAGCCUGGCCAGGGGUGGAGCUGUGGAGCAAUAAGAGUAGAAUAUAAAUACACAUCAUGUGCAAAUAACAUAAUAUACAACACAAACAGAAUAUAAGCAGUAUUAUCAUUGACAUUAAUCUUGGUUAACUGUGAGUCAUUGCAAAAGCAUCUCUGCGGCAUCAAUAGCACAGGCGACAGGUGAGUUAAGGUCUGUUUGGCUAUUCGGCGGCAGAUUAGAAGCAAGAAUUAAGCUACUACCCUGUGUCAGAAAAGAAUAAGACAUCAUGCAUUUCUGCUAACGCACUUUUUUAUUUCUUAGUUUUAUCCCCAAUGAAACACAACUGGAUUUUCCAGAAGAUGUAAUGAGGACUCGAGGAGGGUGCUCUCUUCUUGGCAGCCGUUGGCCCAUAAGUUAGUCGCUGGACAUGGGUUUCAGUUUCCCAUGGAAAGAGAGCCCCGUAAUCCUGCAGUCAUCAUCUAGGCCCCAUUGAAAAAGCUAGGGUGAGAGGGGCUCCUCUCUGACCAAUCAUAAGCCAGCCUCCUCUGGCACACGGGCGCAACACUGCUCUCUGCUUUAGCUGGAGAACAUAGAAGAAUGAGGGACCUGCUCUGUGUCUGUCUGCUGCUUCAGCUCCCCGGUACCAUUCCAACACGGGCCCCUGCGUCGCACCCCUGCCUGCCAGUGUGCUGGUGCAGGGAGGAUGGAUCUCUGCUGCAGGUGGACUGCUCUGAGCGCGCUCUGACACUGGUGCCACUGGGCCUCAGUCCCUACACCUCCUACCUGGAUCUGAGCAUGAACAACAUCAGCGAGCUCCAGCCAAUGGCUUUCCAAAAUCUUCACUCGCUGUUGGAACUGAGGCUGUCAGGCAACUCCCUGAAACAUAUCCCUAGCCUGGCAUUCUCUGGCCUUUACAACCUGGAAGUGCUCAUGCUGCAGAACAACAAGUUAGAGCUUCGACCUUCCAGUGCUGUCUGGGAUCUGCCCAGUCUCCUGUCACUGCGUCUGGACGGCAACCAAAUCACGGAGGUCCCCGAGCAGACUUUCUCGCGUCUGCCGUCACUGAGGCAUCUGUGGCUGGAUGACAACGUGCUGAUGGCGGUCCCCGGACACGCCCUCGCCCACCUGCCUUCCUUGCAGGCCUUGACACUGGCCCUGAACCGCAUUCUUCACAUCCCUGACACUGCCUUCCAUAACCUCUCCAACCUGGUGGUGCUAUAUCUCCAUGACAACAGAAUCCAGACUCUUGGAUCCAACUGCUUUGAUGGCUUGCAUGGCUUGGAAAUUUUAGACCUGAAGCAUAACCAGCUACAGGAGAUUCCCACAGCGAUCAGGACGCUGGCCAACCUUCGAGAAUUGGGAUUCAACGACAACCAGAUUCAAGUCAUCCCAGAAGAGGCAUUUGCUGGAAACCCACUGCUCCGGAUGAUAAAUUUCUAUGAGAAUCCCAUCCGCUAUGUAAGCAGAAUGGCCUUCCAACAUCUCCCUAACCUUCACACGCUGACCCUGAGUGGAGGGGCACAGAUAUCACACUUCUUUGACCUGAAGGGAACAGCCAACCUAGAAGCUCUGUACAUGACUAGGGCUAAUCUUGCCUACCUGCCGCAGAGCUUCUGCCAACAGCUGACCGGACUAAAAUUACUUGAGCUCUCUCAUAACCAAAUACUCGCCCUCCCCAAUUUUUGCCAGUGUCAACAGCUCCAGGAAAUCAAGCUCCAGCACAACCUCAUCCAGGAAAUUGGAGUGUGGACUUUCCAUCAGCUCAGCUCCCUCCAUUCAUUGGACUUGAGCUACAACCGUAUCUCAAACAUUCACCAAGGUGCCUUUGCUUCUCUCCAGUCCCUAAGAAAGCUGGACUUAACCAAUAACCUGCUGGCCUCCUUGCCCUCGAUGUCGCUGCACAGCCUCAGUCACCUGAAACUUGGUGGAAACCGGGCUCUGUCUGAAAUCUUCAGAAAAGAGGAUUUUCCUGAAAUGCGGAUCAUUGAGAUGCCGUAUGCGUACCAGUGUUGCGUCUUUGGGGCCUGUAGCAACCAGGAGACUAACCGAUGGGAACACAAGACGUCAGGAUCCAUGGAUCAAGACCCACACGGGAAGGCUGUGGCUGUCUUCUCUGUCCUUAGUAAGGAUGGUACUGUAUGGGGUAUCUUUGCUUUCACAGAUCAGACAGUUAUUGAUGCCCCCCCAACAAAAACAAGAAUACCUAAUCAAACAAAGAAGGAAAAAAACAUAUUCAGAAUGUGCGUUACAUUGUUUCGUGAGCUUAGUGACAAAGGAAUGAGACAAAAACUUUCACGAUUAGACACAAUGUUUACCAUUCCUGCUACUUUUCUGUACUCUACCCCUGGCUUCUUUGAAAAAGCCAUUCGUAGCUUAAAAUCUCUUAUUUCAGAUGACAUGGAACUGAAGAAAUUCCUGCUACAGACUCUGGAUCCUAAAAUACCAACAAGCGUUCAGUGUACACCAAUUCCUGGACCUUUCAAACCAUGCAGCUACUUUUUUGACAGCUGGGUUUUCCGCAUGAGCGUCUGGGCAGUUGCUGUGGUCUCACUCGUAUGCAACACCGUACUAGUUUUUGCAGUCUUUACCUCACCCAGCGACUUCUCCGCAGUCAAGUUCCUUCUCGGGUCCCUGGGAGGGACCAGCUUCCUGGUGGGGCUCUGCACGGCCACCUUGGCUCUGCUGGACGCUGUGACCUUCGGCGAGUUCUCCCAGUACGGCGCUCUUUGGGAAUCCAGCACUAGCUGCCAAGUCGUAGGCUUCCUGUCAACAUUUGCAACUCAGGCUUCCAUCUUCCUUAUAGGCCUUGCUGUCAUACAGUGCAGCAUUCAUGUGUCCAACAUCCAGGAUUAUGGGAUGGUUCCCAGCGCAACCUGUGUAAAGGUGCCAAUCUUAUGUUGUGGAGCACUCUCAUUAACCACUGCCACCUUGCCACUUUUUGGCAUAGGGCAGUAUGGAUCCUCACCCCUUUGCUUGCUGUCUCCAUUGCCAGAGAGCCAGCCCUCAGACAUAGGGUUCACUGUGGGCCUCAUCGCGAUGAACACUCUCUGCUUUUUUAUCCUCACUUGUACCUGCAUCAAGUUGUAUUGCAGCUUCAUGAAGGAGGGGUAUAGCCACCUCAGGGAAUCCAUGCUCUUCAAGCAUGUGGCUCUGCUAGUCUUUGCCAACAGCCUGCUUUACUGCCCCAUGACCUUCGUAGGCCUCUCCAUCCUACAAGACUCUCUCCACAUCAGCGAGUACACCAUCAAGUUUAUCCAGCUGGUUCUGCUGCCUCUUCCAGCCAGCCUCAACCCCCUGAUCUACCUCAUCUUCAGCCCACUCUUCAAGGAGGACCUCCAGCUGCCACAGAAGACAUCCCAGUCCGCAGUGCCAGUGACACUGGACUCUUUCUGCUUUGGGGAGUCCACACAAGCCUUGGUUUUACCCCCUGACGCGGAGGGGCUAGUCGAGGUCUGUGAGCGAUCAAAUACACAUUGGGGUCCCUCCACUGUUCCAUGUUAUCAAAUGACACACCGGGUCCUUUGUCAAAGUUAAGGGACUUUAAACAAUAAAUGAUCUGAAUGGAA